AUGCCUGCUGCUACAACAUUGCCAAUUGCGCCAGGAGGAAUCAAGUCCUACUACCAGGCGAAGAUUGAAGCUGCCGAGAUCUUGAUCAACCAGAAAACCCAGAAUUUACGACGAUUGGAGGCUCAGCGGAAUGCUCUAAAUGCACGAGUAAGACUGCUAAGAGAAGAACUUCAACUGCUACAUGAACCUGGAAGUUAUGUUGGCGAAGUCGUGAAGGUGAUGGGCAAGACGAAAGUGUUGGUCAAGGUUCAACCAGAGGGCAAAUAUAUCGUGGAUGUCGAUCCUGAGAUAGACGUCAACCAACUGAAGGCGACUCUCCGCGUGGCCCUUCGUUCUGAUUCCUACACACUACAUAAAGUCCUUCCUAACAAAGUCGACCCUCUUGUCUCGCUCAUGAUGGUUGAGAAAGUUCCCGACAGCACCUACGAAAUGGUUGGCGGUCUCGACAAACAAAUCAAAGAGAUCAAGGAAGUCAUUGAGCUACCCGUCAAGCACCCCGAACUCUUCGAAGCUCUCGGUAUCGCACAACCAAAAGGCGUCCUACUCUACGGUCCUCCUGGGACAGGAAAGACACUACUGGCUCGUGCUGUUGCCCACCACACCGAUUGUAAGUUCAUCAGGGUCAGCGGAAGCGAGUUGGUGCAGAAGUAUAUCGGGGAGGGCAGUCGAAUGGUGCGGGAACUGUUCGUGAUGGCCCGAGAGCAUGCGCCGAGUAUCAUCUUCAUGGAUGAAAUCGACUCCAUUGGAAGCUCGAGAGGAGAGAGUGGGAGUGGCGGCGGUGACUCCGAGGUACAACGGACAAUGUUGGAAUUGUUGAACCAGUUGGACGGUUUCGAGUCCACUAAGAACAUCAAAGUAAUCAUGGCCACGAAUCGUAUUGAUAUCCUUGAUUCCGCCCUGCUACGUCCCGGACGCAUCGACCGAAAGAUUGAAUUUCCUCCACCUGGCCCAGAAGCUCGCGUUUCAAUUUUGCGCAUCCAUUCUCGCAAGAUGUCCCUCCAACGAGGAAUCAACUUACGAGCGCUUGCAGAAAAGAUGGGCCAAUGCUCGGGUGCCGAGGUCCGCGGUAUUUGCACCGAAGCAGGCAUGUAUGCGCUCCGCGAGCGGAGACAGCAUGUCACACAAGAGGACUUUGAGUUUGCAGUGGCUAAGGUUUUGAAAAAGAACCAGGAAGGAAACACCUCGGUCAACAAGCUCUUUUCGUAG